AUGUUGUCAUUACGGCAUGAACCAAUGGACGAUUUCUUCUCUUACCAGCAAAAUUACAUGUAUCAGGACCAAGACUCUUCUUCAGCUUCUGCAUCUUCCACGACGAUGGCCGAUGAUACCCCAACAUUUAUCAGCCUGCCACAUUUGACCAAAUACAGUGAGGAAGCACAGGACAAGCCAGUGUUUGAAGACAACAUCAUCACUGAAGAUAUGUGCAUCAGGGGCAUUGAUAUGCAAGGCAUUGACUGGUUCAAAGAGAGUAUGACAAGAGAUGAAUAUAGGAAUCAACGAAUUAAGGAAUAUGAGACCUAUUUGAGCUGCAAGAGCGACGAUGAAGAUGAUACGCUUGAAAAGCAAAUACAAUCGCAACAAACAAAGCCAGUGGCAAAGAACGAAGAAUACUAUACAUUCAAGUCGUCCAAAAUCAACGAGCCAUGCAGCAUUGGUCACUUUCAGCUACGAAAUCUGGUGUGGGCGACAAACAAGAAUCAUGUUUAUUAUAUCUGCGGUGACACAGUGCGACAAUGGUCUCCUCAACGCCAGAAAAGUGUCCAAGUGAUGGAUUUGUCUACUGCGAAUAUACCAGGCAGCAUUUCAUUCAAAAUCACCAGCUUGGCAUGCGCACAGCAAGUGCUAUUUGCAGGCGGCUUUCAAGGUGAAUGCACAUGGAAAUCAUUGGAUUCGGAUAGUCCAUUACAGUAUCUAUCAAACGCAAAUACAACAUCAGGCAUCACCAAUUAUACAGACAUCGUACAGGACAAGAAGGGCGUGUUGCUUGGCAUUGUAUCAAACAACGAUGCUUCUAUUAAAUGCAUCAAUUUGACAACCGCGCAAGUUCAGAAAACAUGGACACUACCAUUUGCAGUGAAUUGUUCUUCCAUGUCUCCUGAUCAGAAUAUGCUAUGUCUUGUAGGCGAUUCGACAGAAACUCAUUUGAUGGAUGCAAAUAACGGAGAGCCUAUUGCAAAAAUCAAUGAGCAUUUCGAUUUUUCAUUUGCCUGCUGCUGGCAUCCUGAUGGCCGAAUCUUUGCCACUGGAAAUCAGGACCGGACAACAAGAGUCUAUGAUGUUCGGAAUACUUCAAGCGCACUGCAUGUCUUGGGUUCUCAUGUAGGCGCCAUCCGAUCACUGCAUUAUUCAAAUGACGGCCACUAUCUAGCAGCUGCAGAGCCCAUUGAUUUUGUACAUAUUUACGAGACACAGACAUACAACUCAAGCCAGGUGAUUGACAUGUUUGGGGAUAUUGCAGGUGUCUCUUUUACUCCCGAGGACCAAUCGUUAUUCAUUGCAAAUACAGACGAGCGAGUCGGUGGCAUAUUCGAAUUCCAAAAAGUAGAGGAAGACCCCAUAUUUUAUUUCUGA